UAGCCAAAAACACUGCAUGCUUAAAACGGAAACCACGAAGUGACAAUUUGCUUGUGUUGAUCAUGUUGCUCAUCGUCAAAUUCUCAAGCUAACAACAGAUGUGCUCAAAUCACUUCACUCAUGCAAUUUUUUUGUCUCAACAUCUUCUGUUUUCAGCGAUGCUGGCAUUGGAAGGGUAUCUGCUGCAAUUUUUUUUUUAAAUCUUAGUAUCAAGUCUUGUGACCGACUAAUUUAACAGAACCAAUCCCACCGUAUACUUGUGGGAGCCCGUUUAAAGCUAUGAACAUGGCCCAAUACAAGAGUUGUUUGCAUACAGCAAAAUUUGAACUCUUUUUACAAAUGAUUUACAAUACUCAAUGAUAUAUAUGGAGGGAGUUGUUUAAAAGCAUAUAGUGUUCAUGAAAGUUAUUUUUUGAAGGCCUUAUUUAGUCAAAGUUGAGCUUACCAUUAUGGAUUUUGAUAUAUUUUUUAUUUAUUACUAUAUGUUUAAAUCAAUAUAGUAAAGUUUAGACUUGAUAUGCUACACUAUUUUUAGACUUAUUAAUAUUAUUACUUUCUUUCAUGCAUGUUUUUCGUUUUCAAUUUUCCAAAUUUGGAAAUGAAAAAUCAACAGAGAGAGAGUUUUCAACUCACAAUUCCUCACAUCAUUUUUGGCCUACCAAACCUCUCUCUUGCUUUCUAUGGAUGUAGAACCAUCCUCUCCCUGCAGAAUUGAAAUUUGAAUCAACCUUGUUUGUUCUUAUCAUUAUUAUCUUCUUCUCUUUUCUCUCCUUUUCGAAACCAUUUUAUUAUGCAUCUAGAAUUUUAUUUUCACAUUCUGUAUAACAAAAGCUAUGUAGUUUAAGAAUAUUCAAUCAUAUUUUUUUCGAGUUAGUUAUAACGUUGAAAUGGAUCAUAGUCAAGGUGGUGGUGAAAAGGUUCCAAACAAGUCUCAAAAGGAACAUGAAAAUUCUAACAAAGAAACAGUUUUCUUACACGGUGACUUAGAUUUAUUCAUCAUAGAAGCAAAAUCUCUUCCGAAUCUAGAUUUAUCAACUGAAGCAGUUAGGAAAUGUCUCACUAUGGGAAAUAGUUGCUCACCGCCUUUUGUAAAAGGACUCAAAACUCACUCAGGAAAAGAUAAGAUCAUAACAAGUGAUCCUUAUGUAUCUGUUUGUUUAGCCGGUGCAACUAUAGCGCAAACAAGAGUUAUUCCGAAUUGCGAAAACCCUUUAUGGGAUGAGCAUUAUACUGUUCCUGUUGCUCAUCCUGUUCAGAAAGUCGAGUUUUUAGUAAAAGAUAAUGAUAUUCUCGGUGCUGAACUCAUCGGAGUUGUGGAAAUACCUAUUCAGAAGAUACUUUCGGGUAACACUGUGAAUGAUUGGUUUCCGAUUAUUGGUCAAUACGGAAACUGCUUAAAACCUUAUCCUGAAUUGCAUAUUUCAAUUCAGUAUAAGCCAAUUGGCAGUGGUAAUAAGAAAAAGGGAAGUGCUGGUUUCGGUGUUCCUGAUACAUAUUUUCCGCUUAGGAUAGGCGGGAAUGUCACUCUUUAUCAAGAUGCGCAUGUACCGGACGGUAUGCUACCAGAGAUUGAACUUGAAGAUGGAAAAAUGUUUCAGCAUAGUAAAUGUUGGGAGGAUAUUUGUCACGCGAUUUUGGAAGCUCAUCAUAUGAUAUACAUUAUUGGAUGGUCGAUUUUUCACCCUGUGAAGCUUGUUCGCGAGCCUACCAAACCAUUGCCUUCUGGUGGAGAGCUCUCACUUGGAGAGUUGUUGAAGUACAAGUCACAAGAAGGGUUAAGAGUUGUUAUGUUGAUUUGGGAUGAUAGAACUUCACAUGACAAGUUUCUUUUGAAGACAGAUGGUGUGAUGCAGACUCAUGAUGAAGAAACUAAAAAGUUUUUUAAACAUUCAACCGUUCAUUGUAUAUUAUCUCCGCGUUAUGCAAGCAAUAAACUCAGUAUUUUCAAGCAACAGGUUGUUGGAACGCUCUUUACGCAUCACCAGAAAUGUGUGCUUUUAGACACUCAAGGUUCUGGGAAUAAUCGGAAAAUAACCGCGUUUAUCGGUGGUCUGGAUCUAUGUGAUGGCAGAUAUGACACACCCGAGCAUAGGAUUUUUCAUGAUCUUGAUACCGUCUUUCAAAAUGAUUUUCAUAAUCCUACAUUUCAAUUAAAUUCUAAUUCUUGUGCGCCAAGGCAACCGUGGCAUGACUUACAUUGCAAAAUUGAAGGUCCGGCUGCAUAUGAUAUACUGACCAAUUUUGAACAAAGAACAAGGAAGGCGAAAAAAUGGCGCGAUUUCAGACUCCGAAAGGUGACAAAUUGGCAUGAUGAUGCUUUGCUAAGGUUAGACCGUAUUUCGUGGAUUGUCAAACCAUCUUUAGGCCCUGAUGGCGAUAAAUCCGUUCGUGUGACAGAAGCAACCGAUCCCGAGAGUUGGCAUGUACAGGUAUUUCGGUCCAUAGAUUCAGGAUCGGUGAAAGGAUUUCCAAAGGAUUUCGACAAAGCAAAGGCUCAGCAUCUUUUAUGUGGCAAAAAUUUAAAAGUUGAUCAAAGCAUCCAUGUGGCUUACGUAAAGGCAAUAAGAUCCGCUCAACGCUUCAUUUAUAUCGAGAAUCAAUAUUUUCUUGGCUCUUCAUAUCAUUGGCCUUCAUAUAAAAAUGCAGGCGCAAACCACUUGGUUCCGAUGGAGAUAGCAUUAAAAAUUGCGAGCAAGAUAAGCGCGAACGAACGAUUUUCUGUGUAUAUAGUUAUACCAAUGUGGCCAGAAGGAGUACCAACUAGUGCUGCUGUUCAAGAAAUCUUGUUCUGGCAGGGACAGACAAUGUCUAUGAUGUACAAAAUUGUUGCAGAUGCACUUGCAAAAGCAGGUCUAUCUGAAUGUUAUCAUCCGCAAGAUUAUCUCAAUUUUUAUUGUCUUGGAAAGAGAGAACCUCAAUCGCGUGAGACUACAUCGACGCCAACUCAAUCAUCAGAAAAUCGUGCCUUGGUAUCUGUUAAAAAAUACAGACGUUUUAUGAUUUAUGUUCAUGCAAAAGGAAUGAUAGUUGAUGAUGGUUAUGUAAUAAUUGGAUCAGCAAAUAUUAAUCAGAGAUCAAUGGAUGGAUCAAGGGACACGGAAAUAGCCAUGGGGGCUUAUCAACCAAAAUAUACAUUAGCAGAAAAGAACUCUCUUCCGCGUGGCCAGGUGUACGGAUACAGAAUGUCACUUUGGGCCGAGCACCUUGGUAGUCUUGAUGAGACAUUUAGUGAACCUCACACGUUGGAAUGUGUACGACAUGUGAAUAGAAUUGCUAGAAAAAAUUGGAGCUCAUAUGUGUCUGAAGAAGGUCAUCAUCAAAUGAGGGGAAGCUUGAUGCAUUAUCCAGUUCAUGUUAGCAGAAAUGGAAAAGUUAGUUCAUUGGAGGGUCAUGAGUCUUUUCCUGAUGUUGGUGGCAAAAUUCUUGGAGCACAAAAUUCACUUCCGGAUGCACUAACCACAUGAUUAACCAAUUUAUAAUUCUAAAAUUAUCUUUAGAUGCAUAAUAUGUAACUUUCAUGAUGCAGAUAAAUGAUUUGGCAGUGAUUUUUGAUCCACAGUCUUUACUUAAGAUUUGCUCUAUUAUUUAUUAUCUAUGGAAGAAAUCAAAGAUGCAAAACAAGUUUUUGUCACUCACACAACUUUUUUAAACAACUGCAAGAAAUUUCAUUUGAUUUUGCAACUGCUUCAAUAGUGGCACACACCUAUACUUUUGACAUUUUUCACUUGGAAGUUGUUCUGAUCAAGUCGAUCAAAUUAGUUAAAUCAAAAUUCAAGGUUUAUAUAUGGUGGACCGUUAAAACCACUCCCGGUUGACGCAGCAUGGAGUGCGGGAGACCACUGGUUUGGACACAAUGAUUGAUGAUGAGACAUUGGCUUGGAUUGUGUGUGUGGUCUUUUGACGGUAGUCCACGUGUCCAUUGGUCUUUAGUGAUGAUGUUCUGAAUUGGGUCUUUGGAUUGGAUCCAACUCAUAAUCAAGUUAUGUGGUGGAUAGAAUCUCAAUCAUGUGCUUAUACUUACGGUCGUUCUCUUUUGCUUUUUGACAAUAGAGAUGCAAUGUGGUGAAUAGAAUUUCAAUCCCGCACUUAUACAUACAGUCGUUCUCUUUCCCUUUUUGACAAUAGAGAUACAAUGGGUCGAGAGGAUCAACAAAACUGUAAUGCUCUUGAAGUUGUGUAAUGCUCUUGAAGUUAAGGUCAGCUCUAAAAGAGUAUAAUUUUGUGACUUCUUUAUUCCAUUAUCUGUCAAUAUAUACAAAAUACAUGGCUCUUAUUUAGGCAUUAUUAUAGGUAACUAACAAAGUGAUACAGUCGCAAAGUUGCAAAUACUGGGGAUUAGCAAG